UUCAGCUUCUCCGCCAUUCAUGGCCGCUCUCACUCAGCAAGCUCUCCAGCUUCUCGCCGGUGGCCCGACGAUGAUCGGAAGGAGUCCGAAGACCCUCCUCUCCAGCGCUUCCGCGAGAGUCUCUUCAAACCACUUCCGAGGAGGGCCAAAAUGUUGGGAUAAAUUACUUUUGGACUAUGCAAGAAAAUGCACUACAGAAUUAUCAGUUUUUACAAGAGGUCCAACAAGGUUCUUUUCCAGUAUAACUGUAGGUGGGAGAAGGGCGAAUCAGUUUAUUAGAUACGCAUCAACAGGAGAAUCAGCUAUAGUAUAUCAUGCAUGGCAAGAUAAUCGGAAACCCCGAGUGUGUAUACUUGGGGGAGGAUUUGGGGGUCUUUACACUGCAUUAAGAUUGGAAUCUCUUGUAUGGCCUGAUGAUAAAAAACCACAGGUGCUGCUUGUGGAUCAAUCUGAUCAUUUUGUUUUCAAACCGAUGCUAUAUGAACUGCUUACUGGGGAAGUUGAUCCCUGGGAAAUAGCACCGUCAUUUGUGGACCUGCUAAGAAACACCAGCAUACAGUUUAUCAAAGACAAAGUAAAGCUCUUGCAACCAACUGAUCACUUGCGACGUUUUGGGGAGAAUGACACGGGAGAUUUAUCAUCUGCUGGAUCUGUUCAUCUUGAAAGUGGCAUUAUAAUUGAAUAUGACUGGUUGGUUCUUGCUUUGGGAGCUGAAACUAAGCUGGAUACAGUGCCAGGUUCUGCUGAAUAUGCGAUUCCAUUCUCAACUUUGGAGGAUGCAUGUAAAGUUGAUAACAAGUUAAAACUUCUGGAGAGAGUGCGAUUUGGUAAUGAUUCAAGCCCUAUACGUGUCGCUAUUGUUGGCUGCGGUUACUGUGGAGUUGAGUUAGCCGCUACGAUCUCAGAGAGGUUAAAAGAUAAAGGGAUAGUUCAAGCAAUCAAUGUGGAGGAUACUAUUUGUCCAACUGCAACUCCUGGAAAUAGAGAAGCUGCAUUAAAGGUUCUUUCAUCUCGGAACAUUCAGCUAUACUUGGGUUACUUUGUUAGCUGCAUAAAGGAGGUGGCCGAUUUCAAUGAUUCAAAAGAAUCGGGACAAAAUAAAUUCAUUUUGGAACUACAACCUGCAAAAAGAGGAAUGGAGAGUCAAACAUUGGAAGCAGACUUGGUGUUAUGGACAGUGGGUUCAAAGCCACUUGUAUCUCAGCUUGAACCUUUUGAUCAAUACCCUGUAUUACCACUGAAUGGCAGAGGGCAAGCGGAGACCGAUGAAACUCUUCGUGUAAGAGGUCAUCCUCGGGUAUUUGCAAUUGGUGACUCAGCGGCUUUAAGGGACUCUAAUGGCCAGUUGCUCCCUGCUACUGCUCAAGUUGCUUUUCAGCAAGCGGAUUUUGCUGGUUGGAACCUUUGGGCUGCCAUCAAUGACCGACCUCUUCUCCCGUUCAGGUUUCAAAACCUUGGCGAGAUGAUGACUCUGGGGACAAAUGAUGCUGCAAUAACGCCUAGUUUCAUCGAAGGCCUGACCUUGGAUGGACCUAUUGGUCAUGCUGCGAGAAAGUUGGCGUACUUGUGGAGGUUGCCGACUGAUGAACAUAAGGUAAAGGUUGGGAUCAGUUGGCUCACAAAGAGUGCCAUCGAUUCGAUCGCAUUGUUGCAAACCAGCCUAACGAAAGCAAUUGCAGGAUCAUAAGUUUAUCGGUAUGCUUUAUGCAUGCUUAGUUUCAUGUUGCAUAAUUUUAUUAUGCUUUACAUAUGUUUUUUGUUAUUCAAAUUAAUGACCAAAUAAAGACAUGAAACAUUUGGGUUUAAAUCAACUCAAUUAUUAUUAUACUACUGA